AUGAAAUAUAACUUUUCAUCAUUGAUCAGUAAAGUAAAUUCCCAUGCUGAUGCCAUGAAAAUGCUGGAAGGUAAGUUGAGUCUAUUAUCAGCUCAAUUAACAUCUAAAACACCAAUUGACUAUAUUGAAAGAGAGCUGGAUGUAGUUACUCGUAGCGGUAAAGUGGUAAUAGGGGAUAUGAUGGAAGAUGAGGAUCCUCAAAAACAUGAAGAGAGCCAAGGUGUGGAGGAACAAGAUUUACCUAUUCUACAAAGCCUUACUAAAGAACCACAUGAGGAAGCAGAACAACAAGCUCAAGCUCCAAAAGUCAUGCACCCUUUACCCAAGAUACCUCCACCAUUUCCCCAAUCAUUGUUGGAAAUGCCGGGAUACGCCAAAUUUAUGAAAGAACUUGUUACUAAGAAAAAAAGCUUGGACUAUGAAACGAUUGAGGUGCCCCAUAGUUGCAGUGCAAUUAUGACAAAUGAUUCAAUCACUAAGAGAGAGGAUCCUGGGGAUUUCACAAUCCCUUGCACAAUUGGCAUGCUUCAAUUCGCUAAAGCCUUGUGCGAUUUAGGAGCAAGCAUCAACUUGAUGCCUUAUGCAAUAUACAAACAGCUUGGUUUGGGUGAACCAAAGGCAACCACAAUGAGACUCUUUAUGGCUGAUCGAUCAAUCAAGCACCCAGUGGGGAUACUCUAUGACAUAUUGGUAAAAGUGGAUCGGUUCAUCUUUCCUACUGAUUUUGUGAUUCUAGAUUGUGAAAUCGAUGCUGAAAUCCCUAUUAUUUUGGGAAGGCCAUUCUUAGCUACCAGGAGAGCAUUGAUGGAUGUUGAAAGCGGGAAAUUAAAGUUUCGUGUGAACGAUGAUGAGGUGACCUUCAAUAUCUAUAGAUCCAUGAAGCAACCAAGUAAUAUCCAUGUGGUGUCUACUGAGGAUGUGAUAGAUGAGGCAGUGGCAAGUGUGAGUCAUUUAAUGCGCAAGAAUGAACCCCUUGAAUCUAGAAAGUCCCCUACAAAGCCAUCGAUAGAAGAACCACCAAAUCUGGAGUUAAAAGCCCUACCCUCUCAUCUCAAAUAUGCCUUCUUAGGAGCCAAUAAUACUUUGCCGGUAAUUAUCGCCGCCAAUUUGCUUGAAAAACAGGUGAAAUUGCUCAUUGAAGUACUACGGAAGCAUAUAAAAGCUAUUGGAUGGACAAUAGCCGAUAUAGUAGGAAUUCCUCCUGGCAUCUGUACUCACAAGAUUCGGCUCGAUAGUGAAUAUAUGGUCGAAGACUCUAUGGAGGUGUUCAUGGAUGACUUCUUAGUCGUAGGGGAUACAUUCGAAGAGUGUUUGACUCACUUAGGACAAGUACUCCAAAGAUGCGUGGAAAUGAAUCUGGUUUUGAAUUGCGAGAAAUGUCACUUUAUGGUAAAAGAAGGUAUUGUUCUUGGGCAUAAGGUGUCACAAAAGGGGCUGGAAGUUGACAAGGCAAAAAUUGAGGUCAUUGAGAAAUUACCCUCGCCAAUUUCUGUAAAGGGUGUUCACAACUUCUUGGGACAUACAGGAUUUUACAGAAGGUUCAUUAAAGAUUUCUCAAAGAUUGCACUCCCAUUAUGCAUACUCUUAGAGAAGGAAGUGAAAUUCAACUUUAAUGAUGCUUGCGUGACUGCAUUUCAGUGUUUGAAAGAGAAACUAAUAUCCACUCCUAUUAUCAUCAGCCCUAAUUGGUCCGAAUAUUUUGAGCUAAUGUGUGAUGCUAGCGGUAUGGCUCCGGGGGGCAUACUUGUUGGGCACAAAGUAAUCAUACACACUGAUCAUACUGCACAGUACUUGAUGGCAAAGAAAGAUGCAAAACCACGAUUGAUUAGGUGUGUACUACUAUUACAAGAAUUUGAUUUCAAGGCUGGAAGGAGGGCGAAUGUUGAGCAUGAGGUUGACAUUGAUGAUUCUUUCCCCGAUGAACGGGUGUUUGCAAUAUCUCUCAAGCAUACGCCAUGGUAUGUAGAUUUUGCAAAUUACACUGUGUGUGGGCUGAUACCGGAUGAGUUGACCUUUUACCAACAGAAAAGAUUCCUGUUCGAUGCUAAAAAGUACUUUUGGGACGAACCAUACUUGUUCCGAGAGUGUGCUGAUCAUGUCAUUAGAAGGUGUGUUCCAGAAGAAGAAGCGAUAGAAAUUCUCCAUGCUUGCCAUACAUCUCCAGUAGGAGGUCACCAUGGUGGUGUUCGCACCGCCGCUAAUGUUCUCCAAACUGAUGAAGUGAGUAUGUCGAGUAGCACUUGGGAGCUAAUGGACUUUCUUCCAGUAGAGGUAAUGAUAUUCCGGGAGUGUAUCCUCACCUUCAAGCAAUUGGAGGGUGAACGGAUCCACAAGUCAUGGGCAAGGUUUAAUGAACUGAUCAAUCAAUGCCCAAAUCAUGACAUUCCCGACAUAGCACUCCUUGACUGUUUCUACAUAAGUCUUGGUCCUGGAAACAAGAGGUUGGUUGACCAACUCAUUCCGGGAGGCAUUACGAAACAUCCAUAUGUGAUAGCAGCCCAACUUCUUAAUCAAAUGGCUGAUACGAACCAAGAAGUAGAAAAGGACUUCAUGUUGGCCGCCCUAAUGACUUAG